AUGCUUGGCGAGAAAAUGACCGCUCGCGAGCAAUGCGAGAUUCUGAGAAAGUGUUUCGCUUGUCUCAAUAUCACCUCCCUAAUUGAAUUACGCACCCAGCUACUCUCCGAACAGCUGAAGGAUGCUGAAGAUGCUUCUCGCUAUCUUAGUGUUUUUGAAAACGGCCGAAGGCACUUUGCAGAGAUGGGCGUCAUCUUCACUGAUGAGGAAGCCAUCUGGAUUCGCUCGUCCACUUCGACCAUUACACCCAUUCUCACCUUUGAGGAGGUUGCAGCCUCAUUUUUCGAAGAGGCAAAUCGACAACGUGGGCAACUUAGACUUGCGAAAUCCAGUUCAGAUGCUCAUGUCGCUAUCACAUUCGACUGCAGAAGGGGCCUAUCCUUUGCUGUCGUCAAGGCAUCAUCCUCUCAUUCAUUCACAAGUGAUGAAGACAUCCCGUCCAUUGCCCAUCCCAAACUCUCCGCUAUCCUUGGCUUUGGAACCAUGUCGACCUUGAUCACUGACCGCGAUAUGUUCUGGACACGUUGUUCCAUCACUCGCCGAGACUCUACUCUAGCGUCUACAACAGGCUCAUCAUAUAUACCUCAGGAUCGACUCAUUCGAGUCGCUGAGCCAUUUGCUCUAGCUUACAUCCCCAGGGACAGUCAAGUACGCGCUUCAGUUUACAAAAACACCACGUAUCAGAUACUUACAAACGCGAUAAGAAGAGAGCAGUCAAACCCAUCUUCGCUUGGAUUGCGCGUCUAA